GACGCCGCCGAGUAAGCAUCGUUGACGUCUCCCCCCACCCUCCACUGCCGUUAUGUCUAAGUCAGAGUCACCCAAAGAGCCCGAACAGCUGCGGAAGCUCUUCAUUGGAGGUUUGAGCUUUGAAACAACCGAUGAGAGUCUGAGGAGCCAUUUUGAGCAGUGGGGAACGCUCACAGAUUGUGUGGUAAUGAGGGAUCCAAACACCAAACGCUCCAGAGGCUUCGGGUUUGUCACAUAUGCCACUGUGGAGGAGGUGGAUGCGGCCAUGAAUGCAAGGCCACAGGUGGAUGGAAGAGUUGUGGAACCAAAGAGGGCCGUCUCAAGAGAAGAUUCUCAAAGACCUGGUGCCCACUUAACUGUGAAAAAGAUUUUUGUUGGUGGCAUUAAAGAAGAUACUGAAGAACAUCAUCUAAGAGAUUAUUUUGAACAGUAUGGGAAAAUUGAAGUGAUUGAAAUCAUGACUGACCGAGGCAGUGGCAAAAAGAGAGGCUUUGCUUUUGUAACCUUUGAUGAUCAUGACUCUGUAGACAAGAUUGUCAUUCAGAAAUACCACACUGAGAAUGGCCACAACUGUGAAGUAAGGAAAGCCCUAUCUAAGCAAGAGAUGGCUAGUGCUUCAUCCAGCCAAAGAGGUCGAAGUGGUUCUGGAAACUUUGGUGGUGGUCGUGGAGGUGGUUUUGGUGGGAAUGACAACUUUGGUUGUGGAGGAAACUUCAGCGGUCGAGGUGGCUUUGGUGGCAGCCGCGGUGGUGGUGGAUAUGGCAGUGGGGACGGCUAUAAUGGAUUUGGUAAUGAUGGAAGCAAUUUUGGAGGUGGUGGAAGCUACAACGAUUUUGGCAGCUACAACAAUCAGUCUUCAAAUUUUGGACCCAUGAAAGAAGGAAACUUUGGAGGCAGAAGUUCUGGGCCCUAUGGUGGUGGAGGCCAAUACUUUGCCAAACCCCGAAACCAAGGUGGCUAUGGUGGUUCCAGCAGCAGCAGUAGCUAUGGCAGUGGCAGGAGGUUUUGAUUACUGCCAGGAAACAACGCUUAGCAGGAGAGGAGAGCCAGAGAAGUGACAGGGAAGCUACAGGUUACAACAGAUUUGUGAACUCAGCCAAGCACAGUGGUGGCAGGGCCUAGCUGCUACAAAGAAGACAUGUUUUAGACAAUACUCAUGUGUAUGGGCAAAAAAACUCGAGGACUGUAUUUGUGACUAAUUGUAUAACAGGUUAUUUUAGUUUCUGUUCUGUGGAAAGUGUAAAGCAUUCCAACAAAGGGUUUUAAUGUAGAUUUUUUUUUUUUGCACCCAUGCUGUUGAUUGCUAAAUGUAAGUGUCUGAUCGUGACGCUGAAUAAAUGUGUCUUUUU